CUCUGUAGUCCUCCACCAAGCAGAGCAGUCUUUCAGAUAAGGAAGUCUCUGGUCCAGCAUACACAGCUCCGACCAAAUUUCCGACUCCUUCGUGCAGACCAAUCACCAAUGCCUGGGCCUCCUUCCACCACCAUGUCGCCGCCGAGCAGGUGCUACCGCUGCUGCUCGUCACCGUCGACCCCGCCGCCGCCGCCGCAGCAACCUAUCCGCGGGGCGAGGCUUCUGCUGACCAGGAGGGCGCACGCGCUGUCCCUCCUCGCGGGCGCGGCGUCGGUGGCGUCGGCAGCGGGCCGCGCACGGGCGGCGGCGGAGGAGGACGGCAAGGGCGAGGGGGUGGUGGGCGCCUUCAAGUCGCUGUUCGACCCUAACGAGGAGACCAAGGCCGGGAAGGUGCUGCCCAAGGCGUACCUGAAGGCGGCGCGGGAGGUGGUGAGGACGCUCCGGGAGUCGCUGGAGGAGGGGGACGCCGCCGACGACUCGGCCAGGUUCCGCAGGGGCGCCGACUCCGCCAAGACGUCCAUCCGGGAGUUCCUCGGCGGCUGGCGAGGCCAGCCCGCCGUCGCCAAGGAGGAGUCGUAUGUUGCGCUGGAGAAGGCCAUCAAAUCGCUGGCGGAGUUCUACUCCAAGGCAGGACCCUUUGCCUCGCUUCCGGGAGACGUCAAAAGCAAGAUCCUCGACGACCUUAACGCCGCGGAAGCCUACCUCUAGAUUUUCUUGCUUAGCGGCAUUGUAUUUCCGGCGUAAAUUCGUUAUACCUGCAUCCUUUUCAUGCGACGUUAUGAGUAAAUGAAUAUAUGUUUUAUUUUGCAUC